UUCGCCUUGCACACAACGGUACAGCUUGUUCACCUCUAUCAUUCAACAUUCUCACCAAAGACAACCAACAACCAUGACAAGCUUCUCUCGAGAUUCGAACAACAGCCUCGCCGCGUUUGAACUGGCAUUGCCAUCCUCUUCUUCUAUUGUAUCCAUGUUGAGCAGUGCGUCUUCUUUGUCGUUUUCUUCUGUCGACUCGGCCGCCGAGCGAAGACGGACCAUGCAACAACGACGUCGACUUCCCGCCAAGAGGAACCGUUGGCAAACGGGCAAGGCGGCGGCUUCUGGAAGAGCCUUGCGUGCUCCGUGUCGACAGCAGAGCAAGAAAACUCUCUUGGAAGCGGCUGCCGCUCAUCAUCAAGGUCCCUCUGUCCCCCGCCGCAAACGCAGCAACGCCAACCUCAUGUCACAGCAGGAAGCUCCCAUGGCCAUGCCAGCUCGCAAGAAGAGCAGCACCAGUCUCAUGAUGGUCGACGACGAUGAAGGCGACGUGGAUCCCAUGAUGGGAGACAUGAGCAGCAACAGUCAUCUGGAUGGAGAGGAACCUUGUGGCAGAAGGGGAAGUGCCACCAUGGCUCUCAUGGCGGCCGCCGACAGCGAGCAAUUUUCAUCGUCCAGAGACAGCUAUCGCUUUGUCGAAGAGCUGCUGACAUCCUUCCCCGUUCCGUCGCCAACAUCGUCCACCAGCAAAAUGGGCGUAUCUUCCAUGUUGUCGUCCUCACGGAAACCAAGUGUCAUGGACAUGACCUACGUGGCUUCCUCCGCAAGAUUGUAA